AUGAGAAAUAAAACACCAACUAAAGAUUAUAUCACAGAUAAAAUUUUAAGUAGAAUUCAGUCAAGCAAUAUCUAAAUUUAUAAUUAAGAUCAAGGAAAAAUGAUUGUAGAGACUAAAAAAAAGAAAUUAUGUUGUGAAUCGUGUUUGCAAUAAGAUGUUAAAUUUCUUCCAAAUAGUGAGAUUCAGAAAAAUAAUAAACUCUAAAAUGAUAGAACUGUAAAGGAGCUUUAUUAAAACGGAGUGAAACAUUAUAAAUUAGGUUAUUUUAACUUAGACCCUAUUUCAAUAUAAUAUGAUGGAAAAUAUGAAAGAUUACGUCUAGAUCAUUUUGAAGUUGUUUAAAAAUUACUUUUUCAUUUAAAAUUUAAAGAGAAAUUCUAGAGUAACAUCAAAAAUGUGUUAUUUAAGAUUGAAUAAAAUAUAAGAGAUAAUCACAAUUCGUUAAAUUCACUACUUCAAUAAGAAAUUCCUUUUAGAGAUUAAUUAGAGAAAGUUCAAAAGUACAAUUAAGCUGUAAUUGCAUUAUGCGUUUCACAAGAAUCAGAUACAUUUUUUGAUGAUGAAAGUCAACAAUGUAAUAUUAACUAUUAAAUUGCUAUAAAUGAAUAGGAAAGAACUAUUUCUAGAUUAAAAACACAAGUAUAACAUUAAAAUGUUUUGUUACAUAAGAUUUAAUAAAGCAUUAAUGAACCAAUGCUUGGAGUGGCAGGUUUAUUAAAUUAAGUUGGUUAAUUUAAAUAGAAAAUUGAAGAAUUAAAUAAAGAAAUUGAGAAUAAAAAUAAUGAAUUAAUUCAAGAACAAUUCCAAUUAUAAACUGUUCAUUCUAUUUUGGAUAAAAUAAAAAAACUCUUAUAGAAAUAUCCUACUUUAUUUAGAGAGAUUACAGCUAAUAAUAUUAUCAAUAUUAAAGAAUUUUAAUAUGAUUUAGAAUAAUUGUAUUUAUUAUAUAGUCAAGGUAAAUAAUAUGAGAAGAAUAUGGCUGCUCUAUAAAAUUAAUAUGAUAGUCUCUUCAAAGAACUUUAAGAUGAAAAAAUAAAUUAAUCUAAAAUGGUGAAACAAGAAUCCUACAAUAAGGAUCCAAAAUUAAAGAAAAUAAUAGAGGAUUUAUCUAGAUUAAUUCUAUCUAAAGAUCCUAAUGGUAUGUCUAAUGAAUUAAGAGAAUUAAUUAAAGAAUUAUAUUUGAAGAAUCAUCAAGAUGUAAUUUAAGAUUAAGAAAGAUAAAUUUAAAUGCUUAAAGAUUAAGUUAAUCAAAUAGUAUUAUUAAAUUAAUAUUUAAUAAGGGAAUUGAAUAUGAAAAUUUCAGAACUUCUGUAAGACAUCCUGAAAAAGCACCCUACUUUGAAGAAGAUUAAUAUACUUAAUCAUUAUUUACAUAAGCCUAAGCUUUAGAAUAAGUCUUAUUAAAAAUUAAAUGA